UCUUUAAAGCACGCGCACUCUUACUCCUCAGGGCUUUUCUUUUCCUCACUCAACAUGCAUUGCAACUUCACCACGACCCUUCUGGUCCGCACGCUUCCCACCCUCCUGUCCUUGGAGUUUAUCUUUGGGGCACUGAGCAACGGGCUGGCCCUGUGGAUCUUCUGCUUCCACCUGCGGCCCUGGAAGAGUAGCACGGUGCUCCUGUUCAACCUGGCCAUGGCUGACUUCCUGCUCAACAUGAUUCUGCCCUUCCGCGCCAACUACUACAGCUCGGGGGUCAAGUGGCACUUCGGCCAGACCUUGUGCAACGUGUCACAGUUCAUGCUGGCGCUCAACCGCACCGGGAGCACGCUCUUCCUCAUGGCCAUCGCGGUGGACCGCUACGUCCGCGUGGUGCACCCCCACAGCCGCGUCAACUCCUUGAGCCCUUCAAAGGCCAUGUGUGGGGCAGCCGCCCUGUGGUUGUUCACCGUGUGCUUGACGGCCAAUACCCUCACCCUGCAAAACCUCCGCUCAGACUACUGCGAGAGCUUCCUGGUGGAGACCUCGGCCAAGGGCAACCGGCUGUGGCACAAGUUCAAUUUCCUGUUCUCCUGCUGGAUGCCGCUCCUGGUGAUCCUCUUCUGUACGGUGCGUAUCGUGGCCCAACUGCGGGGGCGGCAGCUGAGCCAGCAUGGCAAGAUUAAGAAGGCGUUGUGGUUCAUUACUGUGGUGGUUGUACUCUUCGCCGUCUGUUUCCUGCCAAGUAACAUCACACAGCUCAUCAUCUGGAUCAAAACCCAGGAGGCCAUCCAGACCCUGCCAGAGUCAGAGGUGUGUGAAGCCAUGGACAACCUCACCGUGGUGUUCUACAUGACCGUCAGCCUCACGUAUCUCAACAGCGCCCUGGACCCAGUGGUCUACUACUUCUCCAGCCCCACUAUCAAGAACAUCUGCAGGAAGUCCCUGCACCUGCCCCUUGCAGACACCACCGAAAUCAUAGAGAAGAGGACCCGGGAGACCGGAUCACACUCAUGCAGCCAGAUUUAGAGUGACCGAGGCGGCACAUUUCCUAAAAAAUAGUGCUUUUUUUGGUGGGGGGCAAAGGUUUAGCCUUUAAUCCACCUCACAUUUACAUCAUCAAGAAGCCAUUGCAUUAAAGUAGCUGCAAAAUUGGUGAAUUAAAAUGUAUCUAUUCAUUUUGCAUUUAAUUUUUUUCAUCUUUUAUCUCAUUCAAGACCCCGUAAAGUGAAUUCAUAGAUUUGGUUGUAAAUACAUUAUACAUGUGAGAAAAUACAGUGGUGCCU